CGUUUUCUUAUAAAUGUCAAAUAUCUGCCAAAAAGUUUAACUAAUUUCACGUUUAAAAACAUAAUUUUAAACUCAUCUUUUAAAUAACAAAUUUCCACAAUUUAAAAACCUACGAAAGAUGCCAAAAGAAGAAAUAUUUAAUGAACCAGAAUCAAGCUCUGACGAAGAAGAUCCCAUCAUCGAUGAAGACACUUGUAAUCAAUUUGAAAUUGGAUCGUCUUUUGGAAUAAAAUACAAAAUUGCCUCUGAAUCCGCCGUGUCCUUGAAGAAAGUCUACAUUCUAAGCUUGUGUGCUGAUAAAUCUUUUGGCAAAAUAGCUGCUGGAUUAUCAAACAAUAGUGUCCAAGUUUAUGAUAUCAACAAUCGAGUUCUAUCCUUAGCAACCAAUGAUACUCUCAAGCUGAAAACCUCUGGCUCUGUGUGUGGAGUUCGAUUUUUAGACGAAACACCAACUAAUUUACUUGUAGGAAGCACUAAUGGCUCUGUCAGUCUUUACGAUCUACGAACUGGAAAUGUCGAGCAUUCAUUUCAAGAUACGUCUGAUGAAGUGAAAAAGCCCAUAACCUCCUUCGACGUAAACGCCAAUAGUCGAGUAAUCUGCAGUGGAACCGACCAAGUCAUGAACAAUGUUUACCUUCAAUUCUUCGAUGUGAGACAAAAGACAAUUCUCGGUGGCUACUUUGAGAGUCAUCAAGACGAUGUAACCGACGUUAAAUUCCAUCCAACAAAUCCAGAUCUUUUGUGCACUGGAUCCACUGAUGGUUUGAUAAAUCUCUUCGAUAUCUCAGCGACUUCUGAAGACGAUGCUUUGACCUCGACAAUAAACACAGAAGAAAGUGUACACAAGCUUAAUUGGCAUAAGAAUGUUUACGAAAAAGAUGUCAUCUCCUGCAUAACCCACACAAAUGACCUCAAAACCUAUGAAUGCGAGGAGGGCGAUCUUAUUGCUGAAUUUGAUCGAACUAAAGUCACAGAAGCAAUCAAGAGGAAAUCAGUUGCCGAUUGUAAUUUAAUAUCCUGCCAUAAUUUAUCCGAUGGAGGAGUCUUUGUUUUGGCCACUUCCAAUUACAACAAAGGAGAGGUUGUCCGAUCUGUCCAACUGCAAGGAAAGAAACUUGUCCCACACGCGCUCUUCGAUGGCAACAAACAAAUCCUCAGAGAAAGUCUUCACGAUCCAACGUCAAAUUUGGUCGUGACUGGUGGGGAAAGUGGCAUAGUUACGUUGUGGACACCUUACUUGGCAGACAAGACACUACCAACCACAACUGGACCGAAUAAACUCAAAGCUAAAUCAAGCCUCGCAAAGUCACACGGCAAAGGCAAAGCACCUUAUUGACAAUAAAACAGCAUGGUUCUUUUUUUAAUAGA